GCUCUGCCUCUCGGUCCAUCAGACAGCCGAGCGCUUGCUGCAAGCUGCACUGCUCCACAGCAUCACUGGUGUGUGUGUGUGUGUGUGUGUAUGGGUCUCUAACCUCCAGUGCUGCUUGCCUAGACGUUCAGGAUGUGUGGCGGGUGGCCUGCGCUGUAAACAAACAACAAGACUCCGACGCUCCCACUGCAAGACUCCUGAUCAGACUCAGCAGCGACUCUGGGAUGUCUUCCCCGGGAUCCGCCAGCGGCAGCAAGAGGAAUUCCUCGGAGCUGGAGCUGGAGCAUGCUCAGAGAGUACCGGAGGCAGAGCCUGUUCAGCCGCAGGUAAAGCUAAAGGACAGGCAAAAGUUUUUUGAGGAGGCUUUUCAGCAGGACAUGGAGCACUACCUGUCCACAGGAUAUCUACAGAUCGCGGAGAGAAGAGAGACAAUAGGAAGCAUGUCAUCAAUGGAGGUGAACGUGGACAUGCUGGAGCAAAUGGACUUGAUGGACAUGUCUGACCAUGAGGCGUUGGAUGUGUUUCUCAACUCUGGUGGCGAGGACAACAGUGUGGCUUCACCGAUGCUGGGUCCUGAUGUGGAGUCGUUCACCUCUGAGAUCACUCUCCAGGUGCCCACACAGGCCGACCUGAGACACAAGCUGGCCUCGCUGUCCUCCACCUGCACGGACUCGGCCAGCCAGGACACGGAGGCGGGAGAAGAGGAGGAGGAGGAUGAAGACGACGACGACGAUGAGGAUGAUGAGAGGGGACCGGCACCCACCUGCGACUCUCUGCUUGUCCAGCCGGAUCAGGAAGAGGUCGAGGAGGACGCCACGAUACCCGAAAGAGAACAAAACCAGCCAAUCAAGAACUGUGAGAGCAGCAGCUCAUCCUGAAAAGACAACAGACUGUUAAAGGAAGUGAUGUAAUUAGUGCUGUGCUACGUGCUCGCGUCCAAAGGAAGAGUGUGCACUGGUGUUUUAUGAAACCCUUUUGGUUUUUGUAAAGAAAUUCUUUGUCAUGUGCUGUGCAGUGUGAAGCCCGAUCCUGUGCCUGCCCUCCAAAUCAAUAAAUAUCUUUUAUUCUGUUGGACGUUCCCUGCACACA